AUGAGUGGCGCUGUUUUGGUCAUGGAUUUCCAGUUCCGCGCAAGGGAUUGCGCUCCCCGGCGGGAUAGUCUGGCGGCGCCACUUGGCACUAAAUAUUCCAUGAGAACAUCUUCCUCAUCUACGCCGCUUAUCGGGUCUCAUUUUUGUAAUUUGCAUUGCACGGUGCCUCGCGUUGCUAGGCUUCGCCAGGUCUCGAUUUGGGGUCUCGGUCUAGCAAUUUCCGUCGUGUCAUGUUUCCGCGAAGAAGUAUCUGACAUCUACGCGACUGUUGCGCCUUUACAUGACAUCCCAUCCUUCUCGCCCUUGAAUCAGGAACGAACCGAGCCUCGAGGCGCUUGUGAGCGCGAAUCACGGCAGCCGUUGGGGCUUGGACUUAUUCUUUUUGAUUACAGAUGUUCGGAUCUUUUGAUUCGAAACCCCAUUCAAUACAUCUUACAAAUGUUUGAACCCUUGAAUCCGAAGCUUGACGCUAUCAUCAGUGCCUUGAUAUUCUCAGGCUUCCUCCCGUUCCUCUUUACAGUUUUCACCCGGAUAGCAGGGUCAAACCCACACAACCCCGUCUUUUUAUUUAACACCAAUUGCAUCCGGCGAUCUAACACGUUUUGGGGGGCCUUUUCGCUUUACUCCUUGGCGUUAUUGUGUGCCUUAUCGGAUGCAGAGGCCAUGCGCCGCCAGACUGCCAUAUGUUUGCAUCCCAUCUCGAGCACUUCUUUCCGACCUGGCUCAUCCUCUAUCAUCCUAUCCCCUGCAAAGAGGCUUCCUCACGAUGACUCUUGUGCGAUUUAUUGCCAAAUUUUGGAAGAUCCGAAUUCACUCGCCCUUUCUGAAAUUAUGGUGCGGCGAAUUCUCAUCAGUCUUCUACUGGUCUCCUUCCUUCGCAGGCCGGAAGCCGCAGAAGAGGACCUCUAAUGGGCCUAUAAUACAGAAAUUGACUUCUGUCGUUAUUUGAUCACUGGCGCUUUUGCUGUGUGUUGUGAUGACUGUGUGUUCAUGCUAAUUCUAGUCAUGUAUUGAGAUUCUGCGCUCCCGUCUCAGAGAUAACGAAGAAUUGUAUAAGACCCGCCGGAUGUAUUUUCAUUGACC